AGGGCUCCCCACUAUACUAUCAACCAAUCUGUGCUUAGUGUCACAGAUGUCAAGGAUGAUACUAAGAAGAAAACGAAAGAGAGCAAGAAAGAACGAAAGAGAGAUACAUAGAAGAGAGAGAGAGAUACAUUGAAAGAUAGUAAAAAAAGAAGGGAAAUUGACCUGUUACACAGUAAGUUUUGUAGGUCGCGCUGGAUGUUAGCGAUCGAUCGGGAUCCACACUUCAAUACUACCCACCAAUAAGCGCAGUAGGCCUGUACGAUAGGCGUUAGGGGCAGAGGAAUCUAAUCAAGCAUUGGCCCCUUCCCACCCUCCUUUGGGAGGCGGGGGGGGGGGAGAGGGAAAGUUGGCAUUAUCAACAGACCGUGUUUUCUAACCCGGGCUGGGGCCCUUUUACCACCAGUACCGGCUACGCCACAUACGACGAACGACGUCAACAAAGACCAAGAAUCGGCGGUGACGAUGAAGGCACCAAUGAAGGUACUGCUGGUGUGCUGUGCCAUUUCGAUAGCCAGCACCACCGGCACCGACACGACGCCCGAUAACAACCUUACGGUCCCGAUCAACUUUCCCGUCUUUUUCCGCAGUCGCUUCAAUCCACGCACGAUGCAGCAGAACGAGCGGCUCAUACCGGCCUUCGAUGACAGCGAUGUACGGUUGUUGCUGCGUCCCCAUACCACAGCUUCCUCUUAUACGACGCCACAAUCAAACCAGCGUGCCGAUCAGCCGACGACCGAGGCCGUGCCCGAGUCGCUGGAGCAGGAACCGGAGUGUGGCGACCUACCGCCCGGUGCCGAUGGUUUCCCCUGGGUAGCGGUGCUGGAGCACGCCGGCCCCCAGCAGGGCAGUCCGCGCAAGCGUACCCUCAGCAAGGGCGUCCUGAUCGAUCGCCAGCACGUCCUGACGACCGUGUCGAGCGUGCACAACUCGCAUCCGACCUGGGUUGUGACGAGCGUUCGGCUGGGCGACGUCCCAACCCGCCGCCACAGCACGCACGCGGGCAACUCGAGCCAGAGAGCGAACGGUACCCAGCGGUACGAAAUCGAGACGGUGUUCCUGCACGAAAGCAAGGACAUUGCGCUAAUCCGGCUGGCGAACGGGGGCGUCCAGCAGCUGACCGACUCGGUUCGCCCGAUCUGCGUACCGCGGGAGGACUACCGGCUGGAGAGCUUCAAGAUUUCGUCGCACGUCUGCCAGCGCAGCCAGGUGGUGUCGACGGCGACGGGCCGUCAUGGUAGCCGAGUCAGCCGGAGCAAGCUGCAGCCGCUCGAGCUGAUCAGUGGCGACGCCUGCAACCAGCUGCUGCGGCCGCAUGGUGCCCGACUGCCGGUCAAGAGCUUCUGUGCGCGGGAGUCGGCGGAAGAUAACUGCACUGGCUCGCUCGGCGGUCCUGCCGUUGCCACCGUACGGGGUCGGUAUCACGUGCUCGGACUGCGCUCCUACCUGCAAACCGAGACAACCGUCGAGGGCCUGGACAUCCCCAGCAUAUAUGUGCGAGUUGGCGGCCUGCGCAAAUGGAUAUCGGCAGUGAUCAAGGCUAUCGGCGAAUAGGCGGUGCGUUAUCGUCGCGUUCACUGAUUACGGUAUAUUCGGUAAGGUACUGCAGUGUCGGCGAGGUAGCACAGACAUCAGGGACCAAUGGCUCAAUCAGAAUCUUCUCGGGACAAACCCUCAAAUCAACUUAUUACAUCACCUGCAUCUGAAAGAAGCCAGAUCCUCAAAUCUCUGCAAUGUAUAAAUAGCACCAUCACGUACAUCUCCCAGCCACGGCGACAUCAAUCAAGUACGCGUUCCAGAACGCUCCCAAGAGAUGGCUUUUGUUUUUUAUUCGCCUUUUUUUUGAAUUGAAUAAUCAAUUUGUUCUCGAACAACAAAAUGAAUUCCGAUCGACUAUCAACCAUCUUUUCGUCGCACGAUGGUGAUCUUGUCUUUUUAGGUUAAAUGCCACGACCUCUCCCAUUCGGUCGCGGGCAUGAUAAGCAAAGCAAUAAAGCGCAUGUUCCCCGCCGGUUCACUACUGGUCUACUGGCCAGAGGGGCCAAUCAAUGGAUAAUUCGCACGCGUUUGCUUAUGUUGGAGAGAAAGCUUUUUUUCGUUUGUUUAAUGGUUUGCAUUUUUUCCUGGAAUUCCAAGGCCCGAUUGGAACCUUAUCAGGCGAUGGCAAUUUUAAACUGUCAAAUUAAAAACUGCUUAUCGCACACGCCAAUUCCCAUGUUUUUUUUAUGUUCUUGUGGCAGAUGAAGAUUACUUACAAGAGAUUAUAUUCUUCUAUAGGAAAAUGUGAGACAUCUUGCCAAUGGCUUUAAUCAAUAAACAAGAAUGCAAGUCCACACAAA